AUGGCAACGGGAAUCGAUAAUUAUUAUGAAUAUAUUAAUGAAGAAUCAAUCGAUCAGAUGUUAGUAUGUCAAAUAUGUAACAAACCAUUUACUGAGCCUGUCAUAAUUCCAUGUCAACAAAUAUUUUGUCGGCAGUGUAUAGAACAACCGCUGGAUAAUAAUUACUUACGAUGUUCUUCAUGUAACGAAUCACAUUCAAAAGAACAUAUAAUACCAGUUACUGAUCCAUCUAUUCUUACAUCACUUGAUCAAAUUCAAGUUAAAUGUAAAUUAUGUGGUCAAAAUAAUAUAGAACGAGGAAAUAUUCAAAAUCAUAUUAAUAAUCUAUGUCAAAAAGCAAUUGUUACUUGUCCAGCUAAAGAAAUUAAUUGUCCUUGGAUUGGAUUACGUGAAGAACUUCAAAUUCAUUUAACACCAAGUUCAUCUGAAUUAUUAACAUCAGAUAAUCAAAUUGAAGAUAAUUUUGAAAAUACAUGUGAUAAAUAUUGUAUUUUAGAAGAAAGUCAUGGUGAAUUUCUUCCAUUCUCAACUAUUAAUUUACAACAACGACAAUUUCAAAAUCAAGAUAUAGCUAUUGCAGUAAAAGCUUUAAUUAUUAAUAAAAGAUGUACAUAUCUUGAUUUAUUCAAUAAAGGUAUUACAUCAAAAGGUGCAUCAAUAAUUUCUUCCGUAUUACAUAAUGAUACGUUAUUAGAAACAUUAGGACUUCGAAAUAAUCUUAUAUGUGAUUCAGGUGUUCAAUAUAUUGCUUAUGCUCUUUCAACAAAUUCAUGUCUUAAACGACUUGAUCUUAAUAAUAAUUCUAUUACGGAUACAGGUGUUCGAUUAUUAGCUGAUAUGUUAAGAACAAAUCAAACUUUAAUUAAAUUAACAUUAUCUUACAAUCGAAUUAGUAACGAAGGAAUGGAUGUAUUAGUUGAUGUACUUAUUAAUUAUAAUUCAACUCUUCAAUGGUUAUGUCUUGCAGGAAAUUUAGGAAUUAAUAAUUCAUCUACUCAUUCAAUUAUUAAUCUAAUCAGACAUAAUCAAUCAUUAACGACACUUAAUUUAGAAGGAUGUAAUCUUUCAUGGUGGAAUAAAGCACAAAUUUAUUUUUAUCAAACAAUUUAUUUUAAGUCGAAUUUAGAACUUUUAUUAUAA